AUGAUUGUGAUGUCGAGCGUCCUCAACCAGAUUUUUUACAAGCAUAUGAUGGAUAGUCCUUACAAGCCCUCAAUUCAACAUUGUAGUGUUCUUCUAAAAACCAUUGCAGGCAACAUUUCACCAAAUUUGGAUCUUGUUUUUCGGGUAGUAAAUAAAUUUGAAGCCACGGGAAACUCUCUUUCAACAAGCGUUUAUGAUGGUAUUCAUAGAUCAUUAACAAGUGUAGCUCAAUUUGAUGAAGCCAAGAAGAUGAUGACAGCCAUGAAAGAUGCAGGAUACAAACCCAAUAACAUAACCUACAGCCAAUUAAUCUUUGGUAUAUGCAAAGCCAGAAGACUAGAAGAUGCAGCCAAGGUGCUCGAUGAAAUGCAAGCCAAUGGUUGCAAUCCUGACAUCAAGACAUGGACGAUUCUAAUCAAGGGACACUGUUCAGCCAAUGAAGUUGACAAAGCUCUAAUCAUUUUCGCCAACAUGAUCGAGAAAGGUUGCAAGGCUGAUGCAGAUCUUUUGGAUGUUUUGGUACAUGGGUUAUUGAGUCAAAACAAGGCUAUUGAAGCACACCAGGUGCUUGUUGAAAUAACUGAGACAAGACAGGUGGGGUGA